AACACACACACACACACACUCACACUCUGUCUGUGUCACUACCUCUCUUUCAAACACACUCAUGGAUUAUUUUCACCUUCUGCUGCUGUGGACCUGCAGCCUCCUGCCAGAUCUUCAGCUCUGUUUCAACUUUGACACGAAGAACUUCAAGAUCUUCUCUGGUUCCAAAGAAACCCAGUUCGGAUACACCGUCCAGCAACAUGAGGCAGGAGGACGACAGUGGUUGCUGGUUGGAGCUCCCUUUGAGUCCACAGGGACGCAGCAGACUGGUGACGUGUACAGAUGUCCUCUGGACACCAGGAACUCUGUGAACUGCAGCCGACUCAACCUGGGAAAACUUUCUCUGGACAACGUGUCUGAGAGGAAAGACAAGAUGAGGCUGGGAAUGACACUGACCUCCAACCCUAAAGACAGCAGCUUUGUGACCUGUGGACCACUCUGGUCUCAUGAAUGUGGAAGCUCCCUGUACAGCACAGGAAUCUGCUCCAGAGUCAGCCGAAACUUCAGACCGUCCCACACCAUCGCACCCGCCCUGCAGAGGUGUGAGACGUUCAUGGACAUUGUGAUUGUUCUGGAUGGUUCUAACUCCAUCUACCCCUGGUACGAGGUCCAGGACUUCCUCAUCAACAUCCUGCACAAGUUCUACAUUGGCCCAGGUCAGACGCAGGUUGGUGUGGUUCAGUACGGCUCCACAGUGGUCCAUGAGUUCAGUCUGGGUGAGUAUGAGACGGUGGAGGAGGUGGUGGAGGCUGCCAGAAGCAUUGACCAGCGGGGCGGAGAGGAGACGAGGACGGCGCUGGGCAUCAACGUGGCACGGUCUGAGGCGUUCAGCCGUGGGGGUCGGCCCGGCGCUCAGAAGGUGAUGAUCGUGAUCACAGAUGGUGAAUCUCAUGACAGUCCUCAGCUGGUGCAGGUAGUCGCUGACAGCGAGAGAGACAACAUCACCAUGUACGCUAUCGCUGUUCUGGGUUAUUACAACCGUCGGGGAAUCAACCCUGAAGCCUUUCUGAGGGAAAUCAAGUUCAUUGCCAGUGACCCGGAUGAGAAGCACUUCUUCAAUGUGACGGACGAGUCGGCGCUGAAGGACAUUGUGGAUGCUCUGGGAGAGAGGAUUUUCACUCUGGAAGGAACCAGCAGUCAGGGUCGAGGGUUUGGUCUGCAGAUGGCUCAGGCUGGUUUCUCCUCACAUUUAGUUAAAGAUGGUGUUCUGCUUGGGGCGGUCGGCGCCUAUGACUGGAACGGUGCCGUGCUGAAAGAAACAAAACAUGGAAAAGUUGUUCCUCCAAAAUCCUCCUAUAAGGAUGAGUUUCCAGAGGAGCUGAAGAACCACGGAGCCUACCUGGGUUACUCAGUGGGUUCCCUCAUUUCGUCUCGCGGCUCUCAGCUCUAUGUGGCUGGAGCUCCGAGGUUCAACCACACCGGCAAGGUCAUCAUCUUCACCCUGAAGAACACCGGAAACCUGACCAUCCUGCAGGCACUGCUGGGAGAGCAGAUCGGGUCGUAUUUUGGCAGCGAGUUGUCAUCGAUGGACAUAGACGGAGACGGACAGACUGACGUUCUCCUGGUAGCAGCGCCCAUGUACUACAGUCAGGGCUGGGAGAGAGGGAAGGUUUACAUCUACUCUGUUACACCACAGACAUCUUUGGUCCUGCAGGGGGCGCUGGAGGUGUCUGAUCGCUCUCAGAACUCCCGUCUGGGUUCAGCGUUGGCCCAGAUACCAGACAUGAACGGAGAUGGAUUCAGGGAGCUUGUGGUUGGAGCCCCGCUGGAGGACGACCACCAGGGAGCGAUCUAUGUCUUUUACGGGCAGGACAAAACCAUCCAGCACCAGUACAGACAGCGUCUCUCUGCAGCUGGUUUUUCUGCAGGUCUGCAGUAUUUUGGGCAAAGUCUUCAUGGUGUUAUGGACAUCAACGCAGAUGGGCUAGUGGACCUUGCAGUGGGAGCACUGGGAGCUGCUGUCAUCAUCUGGUCUCGCGGUGUGGUGCGGAUUCAGGCCAAACUGACCUUUGAACCAGAGAAGGUCAACAUCUUUAACAAGGACUGUCGGCGAGGAGGGAAGGAGGUCACCUGCAUGUCUGUCACUGUCUGUCUGAAUCUGGACUCCAGGACAAAGACCAGGACAAAGAGCAGGACAGAUGUUGCUGUUUGGUACAGCCUAGGGUUGGAUGAGAGGCGUUUCCCCCCCCGAGCCGUUCUGGACGAAUCAGACCGACAGCAGCCCAGGUCUCUGUUUCUGCAGACUGGAGGUCAGACCUGCCAACGCCUCGGCUUCUCUGUCCAGGAGACAACAGAUUACGGGCGUCCCAUUGCGGUUGUCCUGGAGACGGGGAUGCAGAACCCAGACAAGGGGCCGGUGUUGGACCCCGACUGGCCGAGCUUCCUGAGAGCUGAGCUUCCCUUCUGGAACGGCUGCGAGCAGGAAGACACCUGCGUUCCUGACCUCAUCCUCCACAGUCACACGGACCUCAUGACUGUUCAGCAGUUCUGCAGCUCGAGGGAGAGCGCAGCGUGGUCGCUCUGCAGCCGUCGGGGGCUGUUGGUGGAGUCAGCGUUUGUGGUGGAGACUGGGCGGAGGAGGAUGGUGGUGUUUGCUCGACUGGAGAACCAGGGAGAGAACGCUUACGGAGCCGCCAUCCACAUCUCCACCUCUCCCAACCUGCUCUUCUCCAGCCUCAUAGUCAAGGACCAAUCAGAUAUUCAGAUUGAAUGCUUCUCUGAGGACAGACUGGCCAGUGAGAGGUUCUGUAACAUCAGCGCUCCAUUCAUGAAGUCCUUGUCACAGGUCUCUUUCCGUCUGGAGUUUGAGUUCAGCCGUUCUGUCUUCCUGCAUCAUGUACAGGUCAUCAUGGCAACCACCAGUGAGGGUGAAGAGGGAUAUCCAGACGACAACAUCAAUGACAUCUUCCUCCCUCUGAAAUACCAGACUGACCUCGUCUUCACCAGAGACCCAAACUCUCCUCGCUUUGAAAUCAAAGCAGACUCCUCCUCCUCCUCUUCAUCCUGGGACCAGCCAGACAGCAGCUCACCCACCUUCAACCUCACUUACUAUAUCCAGAACCUGGGCAUCUUCUCAGUGCAGGAUGUCCUGUUCAGGGCUGAUAUCUGGGCUGUGACCGAGCAGGGCAACCAGCUGCUGAGCAUCACAGACUACAGCAUCGAACAGCAGGCAGCAGGGUCUCACUGCACGCUGCCACAGCCCAGAGCAACCAGUCAGGUUACUGCUGAGGACCUGUCUCAGCUGUCACAGCUGAAUCACAGUAACAGUGUGAGCAUCGUGGUCCAGUGCAGACUGAACCUGCUGGCAUCCAGAGAGGUGAAGGUGACGCUCAGAGGAAGACUUCAGCUUCCCGCUCUGCUCGCUGUGACGUUCAGGUCUCUGGAGCUACUGACUGCUGCGUCCAUCCAGCUGAACGCAUCCAGUCCCAUGUUCCUCCAGGAGGACAGACCUGUCAGACAGAUAAUCCUGGAGCUGAGGAAGGAGGAGGAUUACAUUGUCCCUGUAUGGAUCAUACUGGGAAGCUCACUGGGAGGCCUGCUGCUGCUGGCCUUACUGGUCCUGGCCCUGUGGAAGCUCGGCUUCUUCAACAGACGGAGGAGACAGGAAGAGGAGGAGCAGCCCGUAGCCAAUGGGAAGGCAGCAGAGGAGCUAUAAUGUGGAGUCAACACUGAUGCUGCAUCCUGUUGAUCCUCAUCGACCUGAAAAGUCACAGAAUAAUAAUGUUUAACAUGACCGAGUUUAACCUGUUACACAGAGAGUUAUGGUACAUUUCACCAUAAACCAGACACGUGGACGAUAAAAUCUGAGCUGAUGAGGAUCACCUGAAUGCAUCACAAACCUCCACCUGUCACUCAGGGACCCUGACGCCCCACACCCCAGCUAAUCGCUCAGCCAGUUACAGCCAUCGAUAAUUAAUCAGACAACCGGCCCCGUCCAAAACAUCCGAGCCGGCGAGCCAUGUCAUCAGAGCGAAACACGUCCAAGACCCGUGUUUACUGAAAAACAUAUUUAUGAAGCAGCAAAUCAACCAACGAGCAACAUCCAGAGAAAUACACCACCACCGGAGGAAUCUGAAACCACAGCCAGUGAAUUACACUGAGGUUUGAUGAGUGUGUCAGUGCUGUGAAUCAGUCCCAUCUCAGCCCAGCUGAUCACCACCAUCAAGACACCAAACGAGGAAAUAUAUUUGCUGCUGUUUUCCGUCCUGGGUCGUAGCAGAAUUUAGUCCCAAAUUUCUGACUCAUUUCUGAAUUUUGCCACAGCGUCUUUUCAGUCUCCAAAUCCCAGUCUGUCAGUGGACGAGUCACAGUGAGAUCCACUGAUUCAGAUUCAAGACCAAAGAUUUCUCAGGCCUCAUGACAGCGCUCUGAACUGGGAAAACCUGCCCGACCACACGUGCGAUUUGAUGAUGAUCAGUGUUGUGAAGCUGCUGAGUGAAGCUGCUGAGACCGCAGAUCUCAACAGUGAAGCUGGUUAUGAACAAAAGGACAUUUAAUGUGUUACAGAGAUGAACAGACUGAGUCAGGAAUCCAUUCGAGCAAACACUAACACUGACACUAUUUAAUACGAAGAGAAAAUGAGUGAGAAAAACGAGACAACACAAAACUACCUAAGACCUUGAGAUGGCUGAUUUGAUUUUUUCCUUUUUUAUACUAAUGGAAAAUGUAAAUGCAUCUUACAAACACAUAUUUUAUAUUAUUUUCAAAUUUAUAGCUGAUGCACUUUUGUUGUAUAAAGUUAAACUUGAACUUCUUGUAAAUAUACAGGUGUAUGAUUAAUGAGGAUGAUGAGGAUAGUGGCAUUAUUGUUUGAGAUGAAGCAGUGUGUUUGAUCUGCCGCUCUGCCUGUGGAUGUACUCAUUUCACACAAGUGUGAUGUGUUCACUUUCUGUGCCCAUAUAGAAAUAAA